AUGGCAGCAAACAGGGCCUACCACUGAGAGUUUAUGUUGUUAUUCACUGCCCGCUUUCUGUUUCUCGCGUUUCCUUACCUUCCUUCCACAGUCUAUCGUCCAAAAGCCUAGUGCGCAAUUCUUACUGGCAAUUCUAGAUACCGAGACAGCUGAGAGGUGGAAGGAUCUGGCAGGGGAAAGGCCCUCUGCCUGUUGGCAACAAUGGCGCAACCAGCUGACGCCGCUUUAUUAGCGGCCUAUACCAUUAUGAUUGCAGCGGUUUCCAAAGCGACGGCGACGAACACUACGGAAGCUAACAACUUGACACCAGCAUUUAUAAACAACAUCCCUUGGCCAACGGGACAUUCUUGGGACAAGGCUUUCUUCGUCAUCAUCGCUAUAUUGGAAACCAGCCGCCUUUUGAUGCCAAUUGCAGCAAUAUGCUGCUCGAUCGCGGUCACCGGCCUUGUACUUGUCCUUACUACUGUGGCCGAAUGGAGGAAUAGUCGCGUAUUUGGGCUAUUGUAUGUCCCCAUCUGCAUCUUUGCUAUACCGAUUGCCUAUGUGGUCCUACUCGCUCUCAAACGACGUGAACAUCGCAAGGUCCUUCUACGUUUACUAGGUGUAGACAGCGAUUACGUCGGCCUCUUUACCCACGGCUUCAAGCUGCCGGGACUUUUGAGUCGUGCCGACAGCCCCUUCCAAUUCGCGGAUCAUGGCAACGGCGCCAGCCGCCCUUCCAAGUUCCAAAUCCUGUUCGCCCUCAUGUCCUGGCAGGAGAUGCUGGGCUGCGUCGGCGUGGUUGCCUGGGCUGUCAUCGCCUUCACGCCGGAGACCUACGUGCCCGGCAGCAGCUGGCCCUUCGUCGCCGUUGUGCAUUGGCUGAUGAUGCAGGCUGCCUUUGCGUGGCGCACCAGGGGAGCUACGGCGCUAUCCAUGGGGAUAGCCGUAGUCGCGGUUUUCUGUGCUUUCUUCUACUUCAUUGGCUGGUGGCAGCGGCGGAGGGAUCUGUGUGCCGUGGCGAAAUUGCGAGGGGACAGUCAGCAUGCGGUCCUGGAUGUGGUUGCUGUGAUGCAGCACCUGGCACCGGAGGGGUCGGACUCGGCUCAGACGGCGACGGAGAAGAUGGAGCGCGUCAGCCGCAUCUGGGUCGGCGCCCUGCAGCCCCCAACCAUCUGGGAGCGACUCAGGUUUCCCAAGCCCAGCUCGGCUGACUGCCUGUACGCGGCCAGCUUCAUGUACGGCGCCUUCGUGUCCGGCAUCUUCGAGUUCCUCGUGGAGGGCGGCACCCCCCUCUACCAGUUCUUUCAGAAGCAGCAGGCUCUGGGCGCGGAGUGGGCCAGGCGGGCGUUCUGCCUCCACCCCCUUGCCUGGCUCCAGGUCGCGCUGCUCCUCUUCCUGGUGUGGCUUGUGGUCUCCCUGGUCACGUGGCGGGCUCAGAGCGCUUGGAUGAGCAAGUGUAACGCCGUCUGCUGGACCCUGAGCUUACAGUACGGACGUCGCGCGGACGCCAGGCUCGCACGCGAGGCCUCGGCUAUAAUGAUGCGUGACUACGGGAACUAUCCGGACCUUCGGAGCCGCUUCUUUACCUGCGUCGGCGUGUUGUGGCGGCUGGUGAUUGGCGCGUCAUGUGGUGCGGUGCUCCUGCGCAUGAUCACGCACACCACCUACCUGCCCGGCUAUGCCUUCCCGGCCUACGACGGUGGGCCCUAUACACGCUUCUACUGCUCCGGCCCAUGUCCCGUGGGUCAGCGCACCUCCGAUCCUGCCAUGGAGGCCUUCCUGCGCGGCUGCAGUGUCACCAACUGUGCCGGCACCGGCAGCGGAGUGGCGGGCUGGUGGCUGGGCGUGCAGGCGGCGGCGCGUGUGAACAUUCUGGCUGCUCGAGCCUGGCGGCUGGGGGGCCUGGAUGCCGUACAGGUCGCCAUGGAGGCCCUGCGUGCCGCCGUCAGCCCGCGGGCGCUGGCGGAUACAGAGCUGGAGCAGCGCGCCAUUCGCACCCUGCGGCGGCUGCAGGAGACGGGGCUGGCGGAUGUGCGGUGGCGCAUAGGCGGGGAGUGGGCGAUGCAGGAGGUGUGGGAGAGCCGGGA